AUGGCUGACAGCGCAAGCGAGAGCGAUACUGAUGGCGCGGGGAGUAGCCUGGCUACCCCGCAGUGCUCCUCAUCAUCACCGUCUUCCAUCAAGCAGCCGGGCGUCCUGAUCUCUCCGUUCCGUCUGGAGGAGCUGACGAACCGCCUGGCGUCCCUGCAGCAGGAGAACAAAGUGCUGAAGAUCGAGCUGGAAACGUUCAAGCUGAAAUGCAAAGCGCUGCAGCAGGAGAACCGAGACCUGCGCAAAGCCAGCGUCACCAUCCAAGCCAGGGCUGAACAAGAAGAAGAGUUCAUCAGCAACACGCUGUUUAAGAAGAUCCAGGCUCUGCAGAAGGAGAAGGAAACGCUCGCCGUCAAUUAUGAGAAGGAGGAAGAGUUCCUGACCAACGACCUCUCUCGAAAACUUAUGCAACUCCAACAUGAGAAAGCCGAGCUGGAGCAGCACUUGGAGCAGGAGCAAGAGUUCCAGGUCAACAAACUGAUGAAGAAGAUAAAGAAGCUGGAGAACGAUACCAUCUCCAAACAGCUCACGCUGGAGCAGCUUCGACGGGAGAAGAUUGACCUGGAAAACACUUUGGAGCAAGAGCAAGAAGCACUUGUCAACCGACUGUGGAAGCGCAUGGACAAACUGGAGGCUGAGAAAAGGAUUCUCCAAGAGAAACUGGACCAGCCAGUCUCCGCUCCAUCCUCCCCGAGGGACAUCUCUAUGGAAAUCGACUCUCCGGAGAACAUGAUGAGACACAUUUGCUUCCUGAAGAGCGAGGUGGAGAGGUUGAAGAAGAACCUGAACACCGCCGAACUGCAGCACACAGAGAAGCGAGCCCAGUACAUCGAGGAGGAGCGGAUCAUGAGGGAGGAGAACAUUCGACUGCAGAGGAAACUGCAGCGCGAGGUGGAGCGGCGGGAAGCUCUGUGCAGACAGCUUUCAGAAAGCGAAUCCAGCCUGGAGAUGGAUGACGAGAGGUACUUCAACGAAAUGUCUGCGCAAGGCCUUCGCCCUCGCACGGUGUCCAGCCCCAUCCCUUACACGCCCUCACCAAGCUCCAGCAGGCCCAUAUCACCAGGCCUGUCAUACGCCAGCCACACGGUGGGCUUCACCCCGCCGACUACGCUGACCCGAGCGGGCAUGUCGUACUACAACACGCCAGGCCUGCACAUGCAUGUCGGAGCCUCGCAUGGCAUCACGAGACCUUCCCCCAGAAGAAGCAACAGCCCGGACAAGUUCAAGCGCCCGACGCCACCUCCGUCUCCUAACACGCAGGCUGGAGGUCACAUCGGACCCCUUCCCCCUCCUCCACCCCCUGCAGCACCGGCACAACAGCAGCAGCCUGCGGCGCAUCAAUCCUCACAGCCAUAAUACACGAGCUCUGCGUGGACUUUGACCAGAGCCACUGUAUUCCCUCCAAGCCAAAGGCUUUCCUAUCGUACGUACGUGGAGUCGACGUCUUCUUGCACUGAAAAUCAUAUAGGCUUCACUCUUCAUCUGUGUUGUGUUCACGAGUAAUUCUGUGUGUGUGUGUUUUGUUUUUGAAUGCAGUUUAGUAGUUCUGUGACUGAUUGCAACACUAAACCCGCUCGUUUUCAGUUUGGAUAAACACGCAGCCACGCCCAAGGCGGGCCGAGUUGGGAGAAAUAGCUCGCCGUUUUCUUUUGUUUAGCCUCAGCUUUUGGCUCGAGAGAUUUUUAGGCUGCCGAUAACGCACAGACGGCAUCAUGCGCCCGUGCGAGUCUUGCAAGAGAACCCGCAUCCGCUUUGCUUACGGAAAAUGAAACGAGCGUGAGGUACCGGGAGAGAGAGGAUAGAAAAGCACUUCAUGUAGAGACGUGUACAGUAAUUUAGUCUGACCAAGCAGCCCAGACGGGUGUGUGGAUAGUACAGCUGACGGCCUUUGGAAAAUGUGUGUUUCAGUGUUCAAGCUGGCAUCAGAGUGGCAGAACAUGCUCACACAGCAAUAGAUCUUGAUGUGCGCUUAAAAAGCAUGUUUUAAAUGCAAAAUGUGUGCUUAUCCCAGCCUGGGCUUAGUCUGAGGAGUUGCUUUCUAAACAUUAUGUUGUGUUUAUGUUGUUGUUUUUUUGGCUUGGUGUGUAAAGUAUAAAGGGAGAAAAUGGUUUACCUGUAUGCUGCUGUUGGUGUAUUGCAGUUUGAAUCAGUCUAAUUAUAGACACGCACUCGUACACCUAUUUAUACUUUAUGUACGCAUUAGGAAAAACCUUGGUCUAAGUUUGUUUUUGUAAGCACUAGGUGUAGGAAUAGUACAGCUGUUCUUGUACCCGCUUCAUUCACCUCCUUCAGCCAGAUGUUCUCCUAAAUGUCAAACUGGUACCACUGUGAUUUCUUUCCCUUCUGCCUCUUCAUGAUGUGUUGUCAUAUACUGCAGUGUGGAUUGAUUUUUGAAGGAUUUCUGAUUACAGGAGUCCACCAUCAGUGCAUAACUCGCUCGCUAAGUGGAAGUGUAAAUAAUACAUACCUUCUUUUUGGAAGCUUUGCAAAAAAAAGUGCAGGGUCUGAAAAAACUCCAUGGCUUGUAUAUUUGUGAUCUGUCCAUAGGUGACUACAGUUUUCAUUCAUUUUUAUGAUUGGUUCCGAAUGGCAUUUGGUGCAAAAAAAAAAAAGCAGAACAAAAAACACAGCACUUAAUGUUUAUUGUAAAGAAUUUCAAGGUAAUUUCAUACAACGUGAACAGAUCAAAGCAAAAGCGACUGGUACUAAGCAGUUCAGAUUAAAAGUGAGUCCAUGUUUAGGACGCUAAACGAUCGUCCCUUUGCGAUAUUGAGACGUGAGCACCUCUGCCGAAUGAGUGUUUAGAACGACUGUCUCUCAGUAUGAAGUGUGGUUGCAGUUUCUGGAUUGCAGUUCAUCCGUUUUCUUUUUUUGUCCUUCACAAGCAAGUCCUCUUCUGUUUACCGUUUUACCAUUUCAGUGUAAAUAUUAAUUCAUUGUGUAACAAAAAAAUUGAAAAUUCUACUUUUUUGUUUUGUUUUACCGUAAGGUGUUGGAGUACAUUUCAAAGUUGUGUUCGAGUUUUACCCGAGCUUAAAAGUUUGCAGAUUUCUGUUUGCCUUGUUUUCAUUUUAAGACUGUUGACAAAUGAAUGUACCGUUUGCUCACGUUUUACUGCUAUCUUCAAUGGAUGGAACACCUUCGAGCCUUAACUCACUGUGGUAUUGCUAAGUGUAAGCAUUAUCUAGCUUAUCCCAACAUCAAAUAAUUAAAGCCUUAAUAUGUGG